AUGUCUUCCAACGACAACGCCACCAACAACCCCGCCGCUGCUGGCAACGGCAACACCGCCGCUGACAAGGCCACCGGUGCCGCCAAGUUUGUCACGGGUGCCAUCGGCAACACACUCGGCGGUGUGGGCCGCACGGUCGGCAACGUCACCGGCGCUGCGGGCAAGGGAGUCGGCGACACCUUCAACAACGUCACGGGAGACCGCGCCAAGUUUGUCGGCGAUGGCGUCUCCGGCCUGGGCACGGGUAUUCAGAGCGGCCUCGGCAGUGUCUCGCAAGGUGUCGAGAACGCCGGUCAAUGGAAGCUUGGCGCCGAUGGUGCGGAGAAGCCUACGGAGGAAAAGAAGGCGCAGAACUAA